GCGAUGGCCCUGUGCAAUCCUGAGAUGGCCUUGGCCUCCCACCUGAAGCGCAGCAGUCCGGUUCCAGUCCAGGGCGGCCCGUACUCCACUCUCCACUUCUUCCCUCGCACCAACAGGUCUUUCCCUCUGCUGACCCAAGAGGAGCUGGCAGAGACUCUGGAUGGCAGCCCCUACGACCUGAGCGACCUCCUCAGCCUCGACCUCUUUGAGAGCAGCCACUGCCCCACGCCCGACUUGCAGCUGAUCAGGAGGAUCGUCUCGCAGGUGGAGUUCUACCUCUCUGAUGAGAACCUGUCGAAGGAUGCCUUCCUCCUGAAGCACGUGCAGAAGAACAGGUUGGGCUUUGUCAGCAUUAAGCUCCUGACAUCUUUCAAAAAGGUGAAAUAUUUAACCAGAGAUUGGCGGGUGACCCUUUACGCCCUGCAGUUUUCGGAGCUGCUGGAGGUCAACGAGGAAGGGACGAAGGUGCGCAGGAAGACCCCCGUCCCCGAACAUCUGGUGAACAUCCCUUCGAGCAAGAUGCUGCUGGCCUGGAACAUCCUUCCGUACGAGCCGGCCGCCCACAGCUCUCUCCAGUUCCAGAUGACCUUCCUCAACAACAUCACCAAGCUGUUCAGCCCCUUCGGCGACAUCGCCUCCAUCCGCAUCCUCCGGCCCGGCAGGAAGCUCCCUUCAGAUGUCAGCAAGUGCUCAUCACGGUACCCUGAGCUCUUGACCAAGUGUUGCGCAGUGGUGGAGUACGACAGCUUGGAAAGCACCCGGAAGGCUUUUGAGGAGCUGGUCCGCAGCCAAGCCGCUGUCUCCUCCCUGAAUGGGGACGCCAUCAAGGUGGUUAGCCUCUCUGGAAGGGGCUCCAAGAAGAAGAGCGUGACCAGUCAGGAAGACGGUGAGGAGGCUGAGGAGGCCGAGAAACCAAGGAUGUGGACCGGCGCAUUGCCUGAAGGCCCUCCGCUUGCCUUUGAAGACUCCUUCUACAGCUCAUCGACCGAGUCCGACGGCACGCCGGUAUCCACUCCCAUCCUGCCUCCGAACUUCCUCUCUGCUCCGGUCUGGCCCACUGCUGGCUUCUGCGCCUCUGCUGGCCAGGCCUUCAAGCCCAAUUUCUUCAGCAUGCCCUGCACCGGCCCUCGCCCGCUCCUGCACAAGCCGCUGUCGUGGCCGCUCUGCUUCCCUCCUCUCUCCGCGCCCAAGCCCAGCAACGGCCCUUGCGGGUUGCAGAAGCCGCCCAACUCCUGCUGGGAGACGAACGGGCUCGGCGUGGGGGUUCUGUGGCCGCCAAGGCAGCAAGGACCAGCCUGCAGGCAGCAACAGCAGCAGCAACAACAGCUGCUCCCCUCUCUGAAACCGGAGCCCCUGAGCUCAGCACCCGCUUCCAAAAGGGUGUCUGAAUCGCUCCAUGCCCGGCUAAAAGUGAUUCGGCGUCCUCAAGGCCCGGAUGGCACCAGGGGCUUCUACAACACGAUUGGGCGAGGGAAAUCUGUUUUGCGGCACUAA